GCCGAACCCAAAGAACAGCUGCCGGAGGAGGUGCUGGCCCUCAUCUUCCGCCACCUGCCGCUAAGGGACCGUGCCGCUGCCGCCCACGUCUGCAGAGCCUGGGCCGCUGCCGCCACCUGCAGCUCCAUGUGGCACCACACAAACAUCAGGGUUUCAACCUGCCGAAGACGUCCCCGAAGUCUUCUAAAGGGAUGGGAUGGGAGUUCCCUCCUACCGUCGGCGGCUGUCUUGGGGCAGGUGGCCGGGUGCAGUCAGACGCAGCUGCCACUGGGAGCUGGAAGGCAUGCUGCGCUCCUAUGUGUUCGCCUGCCUGGACCACGUUCACGAUCUGCGGCUGGACUUCGAGCCCUCCAGGAAGCCGAGCCGCUCAGCAGCCAUAGAGCUGCUGACGGCGCUGGCGGGCCGUGCCCCCGGACUGAGAAGCUUGUGCCUGAAGUGUCACGGCGAGAAACCGCUCUUCGACGCUGGCCGCGACGUCCUGGGCGCCGUGCACGCCGUCUGCGGGGCCGCCCGCGAGCUACACCACCUCGACCUGCGCGGCUUGCCCUUCACGCUAGACGACGGGCUGGUGCUGCAGGCGGCGCACGGCUGUCCCGAGCUCCGCAGCCUUUUCUUGGACAACCGUACACUGGUAGGCAGCGUGGGGCCCAGCUCGGUGCUGGAGCUGCUGGAGGCCUGCCCGCGCCUGCGCGCCCUCGGGCUGCACCUGGCCAGUCUGUCAUGCGCCGCCCUCGAAGCGCUAGCUGCUCCCAACCGCGCGCCUUUCGUGCUCCUCGCCCUGCGAUGCGAGUGCCCUGAGGAUGCACGCGCAUCCCCGCUGCCCGAUGAAGUCUGGGCUGCCGUGCGCCGGCGCCACCCCGGGCUGGCCGUGGAGCUGGAGCUGGAGCCGGCGCUGCCUGAGGAGAGCGUCACGCGCAUCCUGCAGCCAUCAGUGCCCGUGGCCGCGCUGCGCCUCAACCUCUCGGGCGACACCGCAGGCCCCGUGCGCUUUGCCGCGCGCCACUACGCGAAAACCCUGCGCGAGCUGGAGGUGCGCGCCGCCGCCUCGGCGGCGCUGGACGAAGCGCUGGAGGAGCUGGCGGCGCGCUGCGCGGACCUGUGCGAGGCGCACUGCUUCUGCGUGGUGAGACCCUCGGUGCUGAAUGCCUUCCGCGCGCACUGCCCGCGCCUGCGCAGCUACACCCUCAAACUGAAGCGCGAGCCACACCCCUGGCGGCCCACGCUUGUGGCGUGAUGGGGCACCCCCCCCCGCGCCCGCAGACAGAAGCCUUCAGGGACGCCGGCUGGGGAUGCCCGGGCGCACCCCAGUUGCUAGCCCUUUCCUUCGGAAUUCUGUUUCCUGCUGACCCUCAGGGGAUUGGGGCCUGUGGGAUGGCACCCAGUCCCUGGUGCUCUGAGCCCACUCCGCGCUCUCAACCCUGGCCGAUUGCCGCUGUCCUGGGCUCCUACUGGGCUCGUCCAUCCCAUCCCUCUGCGCCCAGGCGUGGGGGGAGGGAGGGCCUCGGCAGGGGCCGGGCCUCCAGGCUGAGAGUGAAAUAAACAGAUCCUGCAGU